UGAGGGCAAAUUUCAUUUCAAUUGUGCCACCAUCUCCUCAGUUUCUCUGUCAAAUUACGAUAUCCUGAAUUUACUAGGAAAUUUGGUCUGAAUUUUCUGGCAAUAAGCUCAUUUUUAUCACCGUUUAAACGUAAAAUAUGAGGAUCCUCUUCUUGUUGACCAUAGUAUUGACUGCCUUUCUGAUCGUUGGUGCGGGGCGCAGAGACAAAGGGAAAAAGGACAAGGCCGUAGGCUGCACAGCUAAGACACUGAAGAAAGCAAUAAAGAUGUACGACUCCUGUCUGCACAAAGGUUUUAAAUCAAGUCUGGGGUGCGAACAUGAAAUUUCUGUCAAAAAACCCCUCAGUAAAGGCAACGUAAAGAAGUGUGAGAAGAUAGAGCUUAAAGCUGACGCCUGUGGACAUUCCUGCCCGACUGAUGGAGGCUGGAGCCAAUUCUCAGAGUGGUCAGACUGCUCAGCAGAAUGUGCAGGAGGGGGCCAGUCUAGAACCAGGACUUGUACUGAUCCUGCUCCUGCAUUCGGUGGUGAACUGUGUCUCGGUGAAGAUAUUGAAACUCAGGGCUGCAACCUUGCUCCUUGUUCCGUGGACGGAGAGUGGAGCGAGUUUGGGAACUGGUCGGACUGUUCGGCAGUGUGUGGAGGAGGGAGCCAGUUCCGAUUGAGAGACUGUGACAACCCUGCCCCUGCUGAGGGAGGAGCAGAUUGUGAGGGAGGCGACACAGAGACCAAGGACUGUAACAUCCAACACUGCCCAGUUGAUGGGAACUGGAGCGAAUUCGGGGAUUGGUCGAGCUGCUCAGCCAACUGUGGCGGAGGAAAACAAUACCGACUAAGAAACUGUAACAAUCCUGCUCCAAAAUAUAGCGGGGUGGAAUGUGAGGGGGUAGAUUCAGAUACAGCGGACUGCAACAUAAACCCUUGUCCUGUGGACGGAGAUUGGAGUUCGUUCGGAUCCUGGUCAGAAUGUUCAGUGGAGUGUGGAGGUGGAUUCCAGUCUAGAGCUCGAUCAUGUGACAAACCUGCCCCAGCAUACGGUGGAGUAGACUGUGAAGGAUUUGAUGCAGAGGUACAAAACUGCAAUACCGACCCAUGCCCAGUGAACGGACACUGGAGUCCAUUUGGUGAGUGGUCAGGCUGCACGGCUGAAUGUGGUGGUGGAACUCGUAUCAGAAUCAGGGCCUGUGACAGACCAGCCCCGGCAUUCGGAGGGGCGGACUGUAAGGGGGAAAGCUCUCUAACAAAUGCUUGUAACACUCAACAGUGUCCUGUAACGUACGAGUUCCAGCACCGGACUAGCGCCAAAGGAAAGUGGGACGGAGGAGCUUUCUCCGGCUACUUCUACACUGUGAUCGGAACACUGGGUGAAACUGCAGAGCACGACUGUGAGGCUGACAGGGAGCUGGGAGGGACUGAAUCCUGUGUUAUCAAGGACUUCACUGAUAUUGGGAACAUCAAGGGGCUCAGGAUCAGGAAUAGUGGAGAUAACACGUGGAGGUUCGUGAAGAUUUCAGUGACGAUUGAUGGAGUCUACGGGGGGAUGUAUGAGGGGUAUACUUCGGUUGAUGAUUACGCUACUGUUACUAUUCACAUCAUGUCUGAUCCAGCAAAUCCAGAUUGUGGACGGAAAAGCUUGGGUUGCUGGGCCGAUAGCCCUGCCGGCCGCGCAAUUGAGGGCGGAAUACGCUUCCACUCUGAUAACCCGAUAGAUGACUGUGAGAGAUAUGCACAGGAGCGUGGGUUCUCUGUAUUCGCGGUGCAGUACGGACACGAGUGCUUCACUGCAGCUAAUGCUGAGGAGACUUUCGAGAAGUUUGGAGAUUCAAAGGAAUGUUCGGAUGGGACAGGUGGAUCGUGGUCAUCGAACGUCUACUUCGCAGACACUUGCAAACCAUCGUACGAAUGUGGACGACAGAGCUUGGGAUGCUGGAAAGAUACCCUUAACAGAGCAAUAAAAGGAGGGGUAAGGUUCAACUCCGAGAACCCAGUCAAGGACUGCGAACAGUUAGCAAACGAUGAGGGAUUCUCAGUCUUCGCAGUUCAGUUCGGCACAGAGUGUUUCACAGCCAGUAACGCCGAUCGAACCUACCAAAUGUACGGGCCUGCUGAGAACUGUAAGGAUGGAAGGGGUGGAUAUUUGUCCCAGAGCGUCUAUAAAACGGGCAGUUGUCCAGAAACACCAGAAUGUGGCAGGAAGAACCUGGGCUGCUGGAGGGAUGACCCGCUCAGAUCCAUACAAGGUGGAAUAAGGCUCACAUCCGAUAAUCCCGUAGAAGACUGUGAGAAGUAUGCAGUGGAGAACGGGUAUGCAGUGUUUGCAGUGCAGUCUGGUAGGGAUUGUUUCACAGCAGAUAAUGCAUCUAACAUGUACCAGAUGUAUGGACCUUCGGAGAAAUGUGUAGAUGGCAAGGGAGGAACUUGGGCUCAGAAUGUUUACAAAGCAGGCGAUUGCUAGACAACCAACCAGAAUCGGACUUCGAUGAUCAGAAAAUAAGAUUUUUACAGUAGACAGUGAUAUUUGGCAGAAAUUACAAAACAAUAUGUAAUAGCUAGGAAUUUAAUCGUCGAAAAGCAUGAUGAUUAACCUCUGAAAACGUCUCUUAAAUAUUUUUACUAGUAAACCUGUUGUUUUUAUGCCUGACACUGUGAUUGCGAUGAGAAUUCAUUCAAUAUCAACUAACACUGGUCAAUUACUGUAAGGUUAUAACCAGAUAAAUCUGUACCGUUGCUCUAGUAAUGCAUUAAAAAUGCAAACUACAACGAACACUGUUACCUAUAUAAAAUCUCUAUGCCAGUACUCAAUGGGGAUUUGUUGCACUUUGAUCUGGUAUGAUGUUACUUUGAUUUUUUCAACUCAAAUUAUUCAAGAUAUUUAACUGAACAUAAACUAAAACGGCCACUAAAGAGUAAAGACACAAGUAAAGCCUACCUUUUUAUCUGACAGAGCGGUGAUAAGGAAGGGUACAAGUUGAGGUAGGUGAGGAAUUAUACCGUUCAUACACCCUUCAGCCAC